AUGAAUAAUCAAAGCAACCCCUUGAACGACGAAUUCAACCAGCUGGUCCACGAACAGCUAAACCUAUGGCAUGUCCCUGGAUUGUCUGUCGCCGUGGUGGAUGGCGAUCAGACUUGGGCAAAGGGCUACGGCAUGGCAACCUUACCCUCUACACCCGUAAAUCCCUCGACACUCUUCUACGCUGGAAGUACCACCAAGGCUUUUACGGCGGCUAUUAUGGCGAUGCUGGUUGAGGAUAACGACGCGUACCCGCAGGUGCAGUGGGAAACACCCAUAAGCCAGCUGAUCCGCGACGACUUCGUGCUGGCGAGCGAGGACGCCACGCAGAAAGUCACAGUGGAGGAUGCGCUCUCGCAUCGGACGGGGCUACCCUCCCAUGAUCUGGCCCUGGGCAGCACCUCUGACAGCGACAAAACCGCUGUGCGGGACAUGGUCCGCCAGCUGCGCCAUCUGCCGUUGACAGCGGAGCUACGAACCAAGUUCCAGUACAACAAUGCCAUGUACGUCGUUGCCGCGCAUGUGAUCGAGACGGUGACGGGCGAGCCGCUGGGCGAUCUCCUGGCGCGGCGGAUCUGGGGUCCUCUCGGGAUGACGGAUACGUAUUUCAGUCUUGAGGAGGCUCGCGGGACCCACGACGAGAACCCGCUCGCCCAUGGUUACGCCUACAACUAUGCUGACGACGACGGGACGUACCGCACCGUCGAAUGGAUGCCUCUGGCUAGCGUCUCUGGAGCUGGGGCGGUGAUCAGCUCGGCGAACGACCUCGCGAAAUGGGCGCACGCCCUGCUAACAGGCUCGCCCGCGCUGUUCGCCUCACCAAACACGGUCCGCGAGCAGCUCUGGCGGCCGCGAUCCCACCUACCGGUUGAACGAUACGGGUCGGCUUUCACGGGGCCCGGCGCCUACACCCUGGGUUGGCAGACGGGCGUGUACCGCGGGGUAGAGUUCUUCGAGCACCAGGGCGGGAUGAACGCCUUUGGCGCGGAACUGAUACUCAUACCGGAGCUGCAGUAUGCGGUCGUCGCCCUGGCCAAUACGGCGGGGACGUCCAACUGCGCAGAGCAGACGCUUGUCUUCCACCUGAUCGACCAAAAGCUAGGCGUUAGACCUGAUCAGCCACGAUUUGACUGGGACGCCAAGAACCUCGCCGAUAUCGAAAAGGGCAAAUGCGACGUCGCUACUGCGGUUUCUCGUUUCUUCCCGUCUCUCCCUUCUCCGCCUUUACCUACCACCUUACCUUUGUCACUAUACGCAGGCGCCUACUUCCAUCCAGGUUACGGCUCUAUAACUCUCUUCCUCGAUCAUGUGAGACCGUCUUCCGAGUCUUCACUGUCCUCUGGGUCUUCAGUGAUACUCCGCGCGAACCGUGACCAGACCACAUUGCCCGAGAUCCUGCGCUUCAAACACGCAAGCGGAGACUUCUUCAUCGCCGAGUCAGAACAAGAUGGCGACAACGGCGCGUUGUAUCCAUCUGUAUAUCCGGUUGAGUUUCGGAUUGGUGCGGCAGACACAGUCAUUGCGAUGGGGAUCGGAUGGGAGACGGAGAUGGAGGGGAAGAUCUGGCUUGACAGGGUAUAA